AAAGGUUGAUGUUCAAAUUUUAAAGACAUCUUACUCGUCUGGCCUUCUGAAAAUCUCAUCCAGCAUCAUGCACCUGUUCUGGAAAAUAACUUUAAUGCUGAUGGUUCUUGUCUGCGUUUCUGAGCAGCAAGGCAAUUAUCGUCGGCCAACCAAAGUUGGAGUCAGCUGUUGUAAAGAGGUGUCGAAGGCAAGAAUCUCAUCUCAGAUAAAACUGAUUGGAUAUAAGCAUCAGAAUGCUCUUGCUCCAUGUGUUGAUGCCGUGAUUUUCUAUACAGAUAAGGAAAAAUACUGCUCUGAUCCAAAAGUACGCUGGGUUAAAAACCAGUUGAAAGGUCUGAAUGAGAUAAUGGACUGAGCCAGUGGAGGUCUGGAUAUGUGCUCCGUAUCUAAGUAACAAGCUUUAAGGCACAAAUCUAUUUAUCUUUGCAUGUAUCUAAAGUAAUAAAGAACAAAACUAUACACAUGAUUUGUGUUUAAUACCUUAGCUAAUGCGGAUGCUUGUCAAGAUGAUUAUCUUAUGGACGAAAGCUUUGCUAUCUUGCUUAAAAUUAAAACGUAAUAAAAACUUUGUGCUUAAUUUC